AUGGCGAACAGCGACUCUCCCUCUUCUCGCUUGAACACUACCACGCGUAGCGAUCUCUGGUUUGCUGACGGAAACAUCAUCAUCCAAGUGACCUACCCAGACAAAACACAAGAGCAACUGUACAAGCUCCAUCGUGGCGUCUUGGGUCAUCAUUCCUCCGUUUUCAAGGAUCUCUUCGAAGUCGCGUCUGCCAAUGGAUCACAGACGUUCGAAGGUCUCCCCUUGGUCGAGUUGCACGAUGACCCGACCUCCUUGGACCAAUUUUUCAGAGCUCUUUACGAUCCACUUUCCCAUAUAUGUCACGACAAGCACGAGUCAGUGUCGCUGCAGAAACUCGACCCCUUACUGCGCUUGAGCACGAAGUAUAAUGUCGAGGACUGGCGAAGGCGCAUCAUUGCUUUCUUUGAGGCGGAGUGGCCUACGAGUCUCAAGGGCUGGGACGCUCUAGAGCUCGAAAUUGAUACCCUCAUCAGAUCCAAGGGUUUAACGGGACACGCCAUAGAUGAACAUCUCCCCGAGCCAGCUUUUGCCAUUCGCCUUGGCCGCGAGUGUGACGUUCCAAGCAUUCUGCCUGCUACCUUCUACCACCUCUCGCGUAUCCAUCGCACCAAACCUGAAGGUCUUUACAACUUCUCUUUCCGUAAUGCCAACCGCGCCAUCCUUACCGCCGAAGAUCUCGAUGCUCUCCUUGCCGGCGUACACAACAUCCGUUAUAAAUUCGUCAAGAUGCUUGCACCAGGUAAACUCGGUUACCACUGGCUCUAUCCCGACGGGAGCGCCUGUGUGGGUAUGGACAGUCGAGGACGUCAUGUACCGGCGGAGGGCUGGUGGGGAUGCGAGGAGCGCUUGAAUGAUUGGUGGACCAGGGAGUGUACGCCGAUCGUAUUUGAGACGCAGUUGGUGGACCCGUUGGAUGAUUUGAAGAAGUUGCAGAACAAGGCGAGGACCGUGUCGGAUGGUGUCAUAUGUGCUGGGUGUCAGACACAUUUGAUCGGUGCGCUGGAGAAAUACCGCGAGACCAUUUGGAGUGAUUUACGCAAGGAUUUCUUGCUGGGAGACCACCAACGACAGGUCCUACAUAUGCUUUAA